AUGCUUGCUCCUAUCUCUGCAUUGAGUAACGUUCUCCAACAAUACAAGAAGCAUCCGUCUUCAGGUCCGAGGGAGCUUACCCCAGCCAUGGUUCGCUCUAUUGACGAGGCUGGAAAACCUGCAAAAAGGGGCAAGAAACCAGAAACCCAAAAAGAGGCACAAUUCUCCAAACCCACCAAAGGGAAUACCCCUAAGAAUCGAAAGUCUGAUAGGGCUGUUACCUCACCUCCUAACCCGAAGAAGUUGAAGAAGCCCGCUAGGAGGCUCAUACUACAAUCUUCGAGUGACUCAGAUUCAGAGUAUGUUCCUCCCCAAUAUAAGAUUGCUUCUCCUUUAGAAUCUGAGAGCGAAAGCUCUGAUGAUGAGGCUUCGGGCCGAGCUACACACCAAGCGAUUGAAGCUGCAAACGCCUAUCUACAUGCUAAUGUCAAUGAUCGUCUCACUCAACUUGAGGUCGAAUUAGCUGUAGAGAAUCACAUCAUGGAUGAGCUUGACAGGCGAACCUUACAGCUGAAAAUGCAAAACCUCAAGUUGCGUACUGCUACUACUUAG